GUGAUCAACCUUUGGAAAAGCGAAAAAAGAAAGACAAAAAGAAAAAGGACAAGGAAAAGAAAAAGGAUAAAAUGACCUACAGUAGUAGUAGUAGUAGUAGUAGUAGUGGUAGUGGCAGUGGUAGUGGUGGUAGUGGUAGUUGUAGUAGUAGUAGUAGUGACAGCAGCAGUCUGGACGCCCACGACGACAAAGAUAACAGCUCCUCCUCUAUGCCAGCCACUGCAGCCGAUUUGAUGAUGGCAAGUAUCAACAAUAAAUACAGUGGUUUUCGCGGUUCGUUGAGUUAUCCUUAUAAUACAAGUUGUUAUUACCCUCCAAUAGUGAAAUUCAGGAAACUGAAAACAAAACAUUGUAAACGACUACCGCCUGUUCCUUCAAACGAUCCAUUUUUACAAGGCAUUCACGAUAAAUUAUUAUUAGCACAGCAGCAACAACAACAACAACAACAACAACAACAACAACAGCAACAAAAGCAGCAACAUAGUCAUGAUAGGAUGGACAUAGAUCAUCAUGAUGAUUUUUUAAAACAGCCCUCCAGGACCUUAAAGAAUAAGCGUAGUAGUAGUAUUAGUGGCGGUGCUCAUCCUAGUCCGCCCGUGAAAAGGGUUACCUUUGAAUAAUGCCACCACCUCGUGAUGAGGAUCCCUAUUUAUUAUUUUUUUACCUUUAUUCUUUCUUGGUUUUGUUCCAAAACUAUAUAUCACUUUCAUUUCAUUUUUGAUGCUCAUUUAUUUUCAAUUUUUUGAUUGCUUUUGUUUGACUUUUUUUGUUUGACUUUUUUUUGUUUUGUUUAUAAUUUUGUACAUGUCCCAAAUCAUUAAAAAAGAUACUUUUUUUUAUAUCU